AGCGCGCUGCCUGCGGGGUGCUGACGGGCCCCUGCGCCGCCUCCGCCGUCUCCACCGCCCCGCAGGCCUCCGUUCUCGCGCUCCCGGUUCAGCGCGGCUCGCGACUCCCGGCUCGCGGCCCUGCGUUCAGGCUCCUGGAAGAUGACGCUCAAGGCGAGCGAGGGCGAGGGCGGGGGCGGCAUGCGCACGGCGCUCUCCGACCUCUACCUGGAGCACUUGCUGCAGAAGCGCAGCCGGCCUGAGGCUGUGUCACACCAGGUGAAUGCUGUGACUGAAGAUAUGUACACCAAUGGUUCUGCUGCCCCAGGUAGCCCUACCCAGGCCAAAGGGCAGGAAGUACGGAAGGUGCGACUCAUACAGUUCGAGAAGGUCACAGAAGAGCCCAUGGGAAUCACUCUGAAGCUGAACGAGAAGCAGUCCUGUACGGUGGCAAGGGUGCUUCACGGCGGCAUGGUGCACAGACAGGGCUCCCUUCACGUCGGGGAUGAGAUCCUAGAAAUCAAUGGCACAAAUGUGACUAAUCACUCCGUAGAUCAGCUGCAGAAGGCGAUGAAAGAAACCAAAGGAAUGAUCUCAUUAAAAGUCAUUCCCAACCAGCAAAAUCGUCUUCCUGCACUACAGAUGUUCAUGAGAGCACAGUUUGACUAUGAUCCCAAAAAGGACCAUCUGAUCCCUUGCAAGGAGGCGGGACUGAAGUUUUCUACUGGGGACAUCAUCAAGAUAAUCAACAAAGAUGACAGUAACUGGUGGCAGGGGCGGGUGGAAGGUUCCUCCAAGGAGUCAGCAGGAUUGAUCCCUUCUCCUGAGCUGCAGGAAUGGAGAGUGGCAAGUGUGGCUCAGUGUGCCCCAAGCGAAGCCCCAAGCUGCAGUCCGUUUGGGAAGAAGAAGAAAUACAAGGACAAGUACCUGGCCAAGCACAGCUCAAUUUUUGACCAGUUGGAUGUUGUUUCCUAUGAGGAAGUUGUUCGGCUCCCUGCAUUCAAGAGGAAGACCCUGGUGCUGAUCGGAGCCAGCGGGGUGGGUCGCAGCCACAUUAAGAAUGCCCUACUCAGCCAGAACCCAGACAAGUUUGCAUACCCUGCCCCAUAUACAACACGACCACCCAAGAAGAGUGAGGAAGACGGGAAAGAGUAUCACUUCAUUUCCACCGAAGAGAUGACCAAGAACAUCUCCGCCAAUGAAUUCUUAGAGUUUGGCAGCUACCAGGGCAACAUGUUUGGCACCAAAUUUGAAACCGUGCACCAGAUUCACGAGCAGGACAAGAUUGCCAUCCUUGACAUCGAGCCCCAGACCCUGAAGAUUGUCCGCACGGCAGAACUGUCACCUUUCAUUGUGUUCAUCGCACCUACUGACCAGGGCACUCAGACGGAAGCCCUGCAGCAGCUGCAGAAGGACUCCGAAGCCAUCCGCAGCCAGUACGCACACUACUUUGACCUCUCACUGGUCAAUAAUGGUGUUGAUGAAACCCUUAAGAAAUUGCAAGAAGCCUUUGAGCAGGCAUGCAGUUCUCCACAGUGGGUGCCUGUCUCCUGGGUUUACUAAGCUUGCAGAAAAUGGGCAAUGGUGCUGUGCCCUCCUCUAGCGGUUUGAAUUUCAUUCUCCUUGCUUUAAGACAAACAGGGACACUCCAGCUAGUUUGUCAGCUUCCAGUGCUCUGCAUCUAUCCUAAUUAGGCCAGUGGGUGUCAGUCUUGUUCAGGCUCCUUGGCUGGGCUCUGAUUUUCCUGAUAUAGAUGGAGCCCCAUUGAUGAGGGUUUUGGAAGAAUCUCUGGAAAUCUAAGGCCCAAAGUACUAUAAAAAUGUAACUGCUAAUCAAAGAUGGUGCACACAGAGAGGAAAAAGCAAUGGCCCUUGUUCUUUAAAGCCUGUGCUCCUUCACCUUUAAUUACACUGGGCAUGUCAUGUGUCUUUGAAGCAUUUGUAACCUCAACUUUCUAAAAUGCCAGAAUGAAGCAGCUGUGCAACAGGAUGAUGUCUGCUCUAGGGAAACCCUCAAAAGCAAUAAAAACGUUGCUGUGUUAAGA